CUCACAGGAUAAAGAGAAGUGAAGGAGAUUACAAUCUGUUCUGGUGAAAUGAGCCCCCAGUGGUGAGAUCUCAAAUCUAUUGACUGACAAUGGAUUCUUAGUCAUCUGGAGCAGGCUUUUUGUAAAUAAGAACAACAAGCAGGAAGGAGAUUAGUUGGGGGCUAAGGGGAACUCUGGCUCCCUGAAACAGGCAAUCUGUGGGGCCUCUCUCUUCUGUAGUACCUAAAGAGGAAGGAAAGAAACUUAACUAAAAUAUAGAGUUUACUGAGCCUCAGAGCAGCUUACUGUGGGAAAGAGAAGUUCUCUUUCUCCUCCUCUUCCUCCUCUUCCUCCUUCUCCUCUAGACCAGCAUGGCCUUCAGAUUUCUUGGUCUCAUCCUUCUCCCGUGGACCCUUCAGGUAGGAGGAAAUCAGAUCCUGAGACAGCUUGGUGACCCGAUCCAGGUGGUCUUAGCCCCCUUUGAGCCUUUUGGCCUUAAGUUGACUUGUGAGUUCACCUACCGCUACACUCAGGCCUUAAAAAAUUACACUUGCAGCUACCAUUAUGUUGACCUCAAGGGCAAGCAGAGCCCUUCUUUCUUGGUCAAAUGCAAUCAGGCCCCUGGGGUCGAGAACGUCACCCAGACCGACAAGUGCCCAUUCACCCUGAAAAAUCUGCACGAUGCUUCGGCCACAGGCACCUACUACUGCCAAGUGAAGUUGCAAAAUUCCCACCAAAUAAAGGCGAACGGGGUCUUUAUCCUGGUCCGAGAUGCUGGAUAUAUAGAGCCCCCAAAGGGGCACAAGAAGCUCCUCCUCCUCCUCUUCACCAGCCUCCUGGCAGUGCUGAGCAUCCUGGGAACGGGCCUGUUGCUCUGGAAGGCAAAGAGCCAGAGGAAGUCUGUCAAGAAAAUGCCAAAUCAGGAAGGCAUAGACUCAGAGAAGAACUCAGCAGACCCCAAGCUCGAACACUCGGGAUCGUUAUACAUUGCUCUUCAGCCCCACUCGUCAGAGGUCUACGAUAGCCUUCAGCUGGAUAUCAGCAUCCCUUCUGCUGAGAGGAGCCCGCCCAUUCAGUACCAAGAGGGAGCAGAAGAGCUUAACAUCAUCUAUGAAAAUUUCUAAAGACAGUUUCAUCGUGGCUUCCUUCUCCUUUUCCCCACACUUGAGGAAAUAGCACCGGGUGGGUGCUCUGGGACUCGUCGAUGCCGCCAUAUUGGGGAUGGGAUAUGAACUGACCUGCCCCCCGCCCCACCCUGGACAGCUCCAUACCUCCUGUCAUCUGAGCAUCGAGUUCUCUCUGAGGUGGAUCCCCCUCUUCCUGCUGCUUUCCCCUUCUCAGCCUCCCCACCCCACGGGGGAAUUCCCCACCUUCUCCCACUCUGAGCUCCCCCUCAUCUCCAUCUCACUAUCUUGUGCUACUAUUUCUUACACACAGAAUACGCUACCUCCCACCUCCUACAGAGGAGUCAGGAGCUCUGAUUUCUGAGUUCUCUCUUACUUAUGGUGUGACUGUGAGCAAAUCACCUAAGCUCUCUGGGACCCGCCAGCCUGAUCUGCAGAAUCUGCAGGGAUGACGACCCCACAAACGACCUCUUUGUUUUGAGAGGCAGCCCAUGGAACGGUUCAAGAAGGGUGGGAGUCCCACGCUUCGGAUGCUGACCAUGAGCAGUUCAUUUAAAUUAAUCUCUCUAAGCUCGUCUCUAACAAGAGAUCUUUGGACUAGCCAGCAGCUGGGUUUCCCUUUGACCCUAAAUCUAUUUUCCUAUAACCAAUGAGAUAAUGAAUACAAAAGUACCAUGUCAACAUUAAUAACACUAAUCCAUCUGUCGAGAAUCACAGAGAUGGGUAAUGUUGUUCGUAAAAGAAUCAUAAAUUUGAUUCUUUUCAUUGGGAACCGUGAUGUCCAGAAGGUUGUGCCCAAGGGUGUCAUGGGAGUAGCAGAUUUUGAAAAAGGUUGGAGAAAAUCUCCUAAAAGACAAGCUACUGGCUUGAAGAAGACACAUGAGUGGGAGCACUGAGAUUAAUUAACUGAGAAGAAAUGGUAAGAAAAUUUCUGCUGCGUCCUAGUGCCGGGAAGCAGCUAGGUGGUACAGUAGCUAGAACAUUGAGCCUCCAAGACCUGAGUUCAAAUCCAGUCUCAGAAGCUAAUUCUGUGAUCCUUUAUAAGUUAUUUAAGCCUCCUCGCCUCAGUUUCCUCAUCUGUAAAAUGAGCUGGAGAAGGAAAUGGCAAACCACCCCAGUAUCUUUGUCAAGAAAAUGGAGUCACAGAGAGUCAGACUGAGAAUGACUGAGGGACAAUAACCCGAGUGCCAGCUUUUCGUUGAACCUGGAUGUGAGCGACAGCCUGUGUGGUUCAUCGAUCACCCAGUUCCUGGGCUGAGCAGCGUUGAUGAGCCUACGGUUCGAUACUGGAUUUAGUUCUCCAGAGUGACAGCGAGUUUCCAUGGCACUCCUUGGUGAGUGACUGAUGGAUCCCCUGCCUGCUGAGUUGGUGAUAUAAUAUGAUUAAUCAGACGCUGAGAUUAGUGCUCUCUGGGAGACAAACAUGGGGGCAACAGAAAUUUGGAAAUGGGCACCAAGAGCAUGCACUCUCUGAUUGAAUUCCCCCGUUAUUGUUAAGUUAUUCUGUUCCAUUAAAUGCUUUUGCUCUAAA